UUCAAACAAUGCUGAAUUAUUUGAGACUAAGUUUUCUACUUAUACUCGUGCAGCGGAAUUUCGCAUUGGAUCCAGAUGAGUAUAAGGGAAAAUAUAACAAGGAUUACUACAGUUCCUCAGUUCAGGGACUGGUUAAACUCUUGAAAGUGGAGCAAGAGUUUAUGGAGAAAUUUACGAUGUAUGCUAACACCUUACAGGAGAACGUGGACAACCUAAACAUUUACCUAGAUAACUUGAAGCGUCCCGAUCUUAAUACGCACAAUGAGAGGGAAAAGUUUGUCUCCAAUCCACUGAAUGCUUUUGGACUGAUUAGAAGACUAAAUCAAGAUUGGCAGAAAUGGCAAAACUAUACUCAGAAGCCUCUUGGCCUUGAGCAACUCAACGCGAUGCAGAAUAUCCUGAGUAUAGCUCCUGUGUCCUUCGACAUGAACGAAACACUGAAAGCAAUGCAUCGCAUUGAGACAACCUAUGAUCUCCAACCAAAAGAUAUAGCAAAGGGUCUGCUUCAAAGCACACAGUUCAACUCUAAACUGGAGUUAAGGGACUGUUUGGCAUUGGCACACCAUAAAUUUGAACUCAAAGAUUUUCAUAGAUCACUCUUAUGGUUUCAAGAAGCUUUGAAUAUAAGCACAGAUCCGAGCCAGGAGACCACCGAUGAAGUGCUGGGCCUUACAUUUAAAGCCUUGGCCACAUCCAUAUCUAUGCAAGACAUUUAUAUGUUGAAUCAAUCAUUAAGUAACAAUUCCAUCCAUGAAUUGGUAAGCAAGCAAUUGAAGGAUGCCAAACCAAAAGAUAUGAUAGACUUCAUUAUAUCAAAACUAAAACAAUGGGAGAAACAAAGCUUUAAUGGGACGAAUGACUCAAGAACACCUGAAAGUUCCCAUAAUAUUGGAUGUCGAGGAUUUUUUCCCAAAAGGAACAACCUCAUUUGCAUGUACAACUCAACCACACAUCCUUUUUUAAAACUAGCUCCCCUUAAAAUGGAGGAAAUAAGUCGGGACCCUUACAUUGUUAUGUACCACGAAGUAUUAUCGGACAAAGAAAUCGAGGAAAUGAAGGGAGAGAUCGGGGAAAUGGGCAAUGGAUGGACAGCGUUAGACGAUCCUAAGGAAAUAGUGGCCCGCAUCUUUUGGACUACGGAAGAUUCCCCAUUCAGGGAUCGCAUAAAUCAACGUAUUUCUGACAUGACGGGCUUCAAGCUGGAGGAGUUUCCUGCCUUACAAUUGGCCAAUUUCGGAGUGGGUGGAUUCUUCAAGCCACACCACGACUAUUUUACAGAGCGGUUAAUCAAAGUCGAUGUCAACAAUACUCUGGGCGAUCGCAUUGCAAGCCUAAUCUUCUAUGCAGGAAAAGUUUCGCAAGGUGGACAAACAGUAUUUCCAGAUAUCGAGGUAGUGGUGGAGCCCAAAAAAGGGAAUGCCCUGUUUUGGUUCAACGAUUUCGAUGAUUCAUCACCAGAUGAGCGAUCCCUGCAUUCUGUGUGUCCGGUUAUAGUCGGUUCCAGAUGGACUAUUACAAAGUGGAUACACUACGACCCUCAAAUUUUUGUGAAGCCCUGCAGUCCACGGAUUUUUCAAAGAAGCUCAUAAAGAGUGACGUGUUUUUUGAGAAAAUUAAAGUUUUAUUUUUAGAAGUAUAACAAAUUUAUUAGUUACGCUAUAGCCCUG